CACAAAAAUACCGUUAUUCUCUCUCUUUCUCUUUCUCGCCUAACUUUUCCCGCGCCGAGAGAAAUCAAUUAUUCGAUUCUCUCACUGAACUUUUCUUUUCUUCCUCAGCACUUCAAUGCAUCUAUUUCAUCAAUUCUUCUUCUUUACAAGUUUUGAAUUCUGGAAACAGAGUCGCAUAAUCUAUCGUUGCGGAUGAUGCAAGAAACAGACAGAGAUAUUCACAUCUCUGAUGGUACCAUGAACAAGGAAGAGCAGAGCCCAAAUAAUGAAGAGAUGGUUGAAGCGUUUCGUAACUUGCUUCUCCUCCAUGGCCACUUACCUGAUAAGCACGGGGAUCAUAAUACACUUCGCAGGUUUCUUAAAAUGAGAGAUUUUGAUCUGGAGAAAUCUAAAGAGGCUUUUCUCAAUUAUAUGAAGUGGCGAGUGGACUAUAAAGUGGAUUUGAUCUCUCAGAAGUUUAAGUUUGAGGAAUAUGGUGAAGUCAAGAAACAUUACCCUCAUGGGUUUCAUAAGGUAGACAAAACUGGUAGGCCUAUUUACAUUGAGAGACUCGGGAUGACUGACCUUAACGCGUUUCUCAAAGCAACCACCAUUGAGAGAUAUGUUAACUAUCAUAUCAAAGAACAAGAGAAAACAAUGAGCUUGAGAUAUCCAGCAUGUUCAAUUGCUUCAGAUAAGCAUGUUUCGUCAACAACAACCAUAUUGGAUGUCUCUGGAGUGGGAAUGUCAAACUUCUCAAAACCUGCGAGAUCCCUCUUUAUGGAAAUUCAAAAGAUAGACAGCAACUACUACCCUGAGACUUUGCAUCGCCUCUUCGUUGUCAAUGCCAGUUCUGGAUUCCGGAUGUUGUGGCUUGCACUCAAGACCUUUCUUGAUGCUCGGACAUUGGCCAAAGUUCAAGUGCUAGGACCCAAUUACCUUGGAGAGCUACUUGAAGCAAUAGAACCAAGCAACUUACCAACAUUUCUUGGAGGAAAUUGCACCUGUUCAGAUCAUGGAGGCUGUCUUUUCAGUGAUGAAGGACCUUGGAAUGAUCCAGGCAUCAAGGAAAAGAUCGAGGAGCCUUCCACAAUCGAAGAUGCUCAUUCAGAGACUAUGGAUAAAGUCUCAGAAAAUGCUCCAGCCAAUCAAAAGGAAAGUUUAGGCGAGGUCAUGAUUACAAUGGAGAAGUAUGCUGCCCUGAAAACUGCUGUCAAGGAUUCCCAGAAGGUGAAAUCUAGGAUAAUAUGAAAUUUAGUUUCAUGAAUCUUUUGACUGAUUUGUGUGUGUUUUGGUUCCUGCAGAGGAUAGAAAUGUUGGAAAUAUCACUCCAUGAGACUAAAAAGGUCUUGAAUGGACUCGCGGAGAUCAUUGAGGCCAUUCAACCGAAUCAACCUAUAACCAAAUGCAAACCGGUUUAGAAAGCAAUAUAGUUAAGAAUAUGUCCGGUUUGAUUAUCUGAAGAAAAGAAAUGUAUUAUGAUGACGAUAAUGAUGAUGAUAGAUGAUAGAUGAUAGAUAAGUUUGUGGAAUCCGUACUACGGCGUUAAAUGCAAUCAUGUGUGGAGCCAAUCUGUCUCACAUGCAAUUGCACGUGUGAUCUCUGCACCACAACUUUCUUCUAAUUCCACAGCUCGAUUUGAUCCUCUUCCCGAUGACAAAUGCUCCAUAGAAAUAACAAUAUUCAUUACAUAUUACAACUAUUUUAUUUACAAGUAAACCAUUUUCUUGUAAAAGGAUCUAUAGACUUGGCAGUGAUGUAUAACAGGUGACACUAACAGAAGACUAAUCAUCAUCAUCAUUCAU